AUUACUCAUUACUCAAUAUACAGAUUUCAUAUUCCACUCCAUUUCAUCUUCUUCUUUAUAUUUGUUUACCUUGAGUUUUUAAUAGUCUCCAUACGCAUAAUUGAUACCCCUCAUUAUAUUCAUUUAUCUACAAAAAAUAAUAAUAAGUCGUGUGCGUUUUUAUUCAAUAGGUUGCAGAAUUGUGAUUCCGUAACAGUUUUACUUUAGUUUUUAUACUAGUCCUCUUCUGAAUCUUACAUAUUUGUAACUUGUUCAGUUUUUUAUCUUUGUUUAUCUGUCUAGUUUUGUUUUCCAAACCAGGGACUGAGAUGUUAUGUCAAGUUCCAAGCAAAACUAGAAAAACAUGCUUAAUGUGCAUAUGAAUUUUGAUCCCAGGCAGAUUUAUACCAAGGUAACAAAACUUUGAAACUUACACAUCUUUCAGUAUACUGAAAAUUUGUGACCUUUGCUCUUCACUCAACAUUUCUGGAAAAACAACUCGAAAUCUGACCCGAAGGUCUCCUCUCUGAUGAUCACCUUUUUGACCAUCCUUGUAUUUAGGCAUGCCUUGUCCAGGGAUAGUUUUCUCAAACCCGGGAUAGAUGAUCUCAUCUUCCAUGUUUAAAGUCACCACAUCCUUUCCUCCUAAUGUGGGUACCUGUACAAUACAUCCUGUGAGAGCUUGGACUAAAGGGACUUCAACCCCUAACUCCAAAUCAUCUCCUUCUCUCUUGAACAACGGGUGCUUCUUCUCCUCGAUCAGAAAGAUAAUGUCUUCUGGGAGGGUUCCUCCUCUCUCGUCGCCCUUGCUUUCGAAUGUAAUCUUCGUUCCUCUUCUCCACCCCGGCUUCACCUUGAUUGUCACAUAUUCCUCUUCUUGAAAAAUUAGCCUGCCACACAAAACUGUUAAAUCCAUAUACAUAGUCACAUUAUAUGAACUCGUAUUACUCCUAUAAAACUUUCCUUUUAGAAUAUGGAAUAUAUAUGAGCAUUCUAUACAAUUUAGUCUUAAAGAGAGCGAAAAUUCAAUUCUACUCACAUAGAAACAGUUCAGGAUCACACUUAUACUAUUUAGCCAUAGGUAUUGGUUCUUCGAAAAGGUGUCACACCCCAUCGAAUGAGUCGUACCACUCGAGCCCAACAGAAUGUUUGGAAUAGGUUAAUCAUGGUGACUUAAGUUAACAAGGUGGGCUCCUACUUGGUAGAUUAAGGAGCCCUCUCAUUUUGAGAGAUAACUUCCAAAACAAGUGACCAAAAGGGGUCAAAAGACAUCAUCCCACCCCAGUCAGUAUCAAAAUGUAAAAAAUUCUCGAUUACUCGUAUUAUCUUAAUAUGAUAUUAGAGAAAAUAAACCUCGAGCAAUUAUAUUCUGAUAAGUCUCGAUUACGGGCACAAACUUUUAGAUAUAAAAAAGAAAUUAUCUAUAAAACUUUGUACUGCUCCUAUUAGGUUGACUUCGAGAUUGUGUAUAUGGAUGUACCCUGCAUUUGAGUCGAUUUCCCUUGUGAUUCUGACCUCUUUGGUACAUCCAAAGCAAAGCUCCUCAAGGGUGCAUUCAAGCUUCUUCUCCAAAGGUGGUGGCUUUCUCCAUGCCGCGGCCAUAUUUAUAUUUCUUUGGCUCAACGUUUUCGAAAGAAAAGCCGUGGGGCUGGUGGUGCUAGAAACAGAGGCUGAUCUCUGCAUAUGUGCAUACAAAUCUAUAGGAUUAGGCCGUCCUGCGCUGGAGCUUUUCGACAAUGUCGGGGCGACCCGGCUUGUCGUCCUAGACAAUAGCUUUGGGCUUGAAAUCACAAAUUCUUCUUCUUUAUCCUUUUCCUCACGUGUUUUCUUGUCCCGGCCUGGGGUGGUUUCUCCAUCUCUCUGUCGUUGACUUCUAACAAUACUCUGAGGAAUUCAUGAGAAAGAACAUUAAUUUUGUCAAAUGAAUGCAUGGAAAUGGUGGGAUUAAUGUUUCUGUAACAUAAACAUUACCGGGUACGAGUCAUGAAUGGAAACGAAAUUGGAUUGAUGGCGGUGAGAUGUUCUCUGUUUGUUGGUUCUAUCGGCCGGGUGCAAUUUUCUUGAGAAUGCCUUGUAGAUUUCUGCAAGGGAGGUGACUUUAGAGAUGAUACCAAACAGUUUGUAUGAAUGUGAUGGUUUUGCCGAAUUUUGAGAUUGUUGUCCCAUAAGUGAGACGAAGAUGUUUUGUGGGUGGGAGAAGAUUUACAGAUUGUGUUUGAGGAAAAGAGAGAACUGGGAUGACAACUCCAGGUCCAGGAUCGGAGGGGGUUUCAGGGUGAGCCUUGAAAGCUUUGGAACGUUGAAAUGUCAUUAAUGCCUCUUUAAUUAAUUAAAUAAUUAAUUUCUUUAAAUAAGUGCUUCUCAAAUCAUCUGUUUUGAGAACUUAUCUUUUCUUUUUCUUUUUGGAAGAAGAAUUUUAUCUUUAUAUAUGAAAAGAUUGGCGUAAAAACUAAACGCCAACCCCUAAAAAACCGGUCAGGGACCAGUGAAUGAAGAUGAGGUGCAAAUGUUGGAUUAUUCAUGAAUAAUCAAAAGGUAGGACUAUUAUAAGAAGACCGCUAAAAGGUUGGAUUAUUAGUUUCCAUUUUGCCCCCUAAACAAUAGGUUUAUUAGUUUUUUUGUUUUGACUAUUUGAAAUAAAAAGUAAGUGAAAAUGUCAAUUAGCUAAACACACCUGUUAGCUUUUUAUCUGGUCAAAAGGUCAAAUAAUAGUCAAAUCACAUAAAAAUGCCUCAAAGCUCUUAACCAAACCUCCAAAGUCAUUACGUUUGUUUCCGAAAAAAAAAAGUUAUUACGUUCGUACUUCGUAGUACUUGAAUUCAUAUUACAUAAACUUAACCAAACAUAGAAAUGUAAAGAAAAUUUCAAGGUAACGAUGUGUGCCACCUUGAAUUUGAAAGAAAUGUAAAGAAAAUUUCAAGAUAAUCAAAUCUUAGGAAGAUUAUAUUCUUAAUGUCAAUUAUCCCUACAAGAUAAUUCAUAAAUUUCAAUUGAAAGAGAGUAACUAAGUGCCACGUUUAUGCUAGUCUUAGAUAUGUAAUGAAAUCUCUUUUUAUUUAUAAUUAUUGUUUCAAUAAUUCAAUUGUAAUAUUGUUAGGUCACUUUCUUGUAUAUUGCCCUGAAAUCAUGAAGCUAUUGAGUCCCACAUAGCACUACAUUAGUUCCAAAUAUAAAAAGACGCUACAGCCUGCAGAGCAAAAUAUACACUCAUAAGAUGAGAACAAUUCAUCCAAGAUCCUAAUUAAUGAAUCAUUUCAAGGCAAAAAAUGUGCAAAAUUUCAACUGCCAAUAUACCAAUUAAAUUAUGCCUGUAGAUUGAAACAUACAUAGUAGAUUGUAGUAACUAACAUAGAAAUUUAAGAUAUACAACACGUGACUUCUUCAUUUUCACAAAAGCUAUUGAACUAAUCAUUUGACUUGUGUGUGUGUUUUUCUACAAAAACUAUGAUCCGAGAGGGGAGGAUGUAUAAAACAUAAAUCAAUUGAUACAAACUCACACCUAUCAAACUAAACUACAUGUUCAUACAAAUCUAAUAAGCAAACCGGUGAAAGCCUAAUGACCUGGUCAUAAAUAUCCUUAAGUAGUAUCACUAAUCAGUAAUACUUAAACAUAACAAUUUUUAUGAUUUACAUUCUCCGCUGCGAAAUGUAAAUUCUAAGGGGAUUAAUAAAUAGAUUAGUAACAACCAUAACAACUCUUAAAGAAAAUUAACAUCAAAAUGAAGGGACUCUACAAAUACUUUUGGAUAGCACGUAUCAAAGAUAAAGAAUUCCAAUUAAAAAAUAUAAAGCAAACAAAAAGUCAUGGUAUUAUUAGAACUUAAGUAAUCGGCUUAAUUAUAUUAGUCAUAAAGUAUGAAAUGGCAAUUGAAUUCAAAUGCAAUGCCUAGAAUUGGGUUUAAUGCACCAAACCCCCCUGUGAUUUGGAAAUUCGGCACAUUAGCCCCCUGUGAUUUAAAAAAUGCGUCAAACCCCCCCUGUGUUUUAAUUAAUCAUGCGCCAAAUCCCUUAUGUGAACAAAUUCAAUUGUCAAAUAAAAGAAAAAUGAUUAACAUUUUUGUAUGAUUCAGAGAUUUUGACAUAUUUAUUUGCAUAUUCAAUCAAAAUAUUAGGAAAAGUGAUUUUCAAAUCGUUAAAUUUAUUCAUAAAGGGGGUUCUGUGCAUGAUUAAUUAAAACACAAGGGAGUUUGACGCAUUUUUUAAAUCACAGGGGGCUAAUGCGCCGAAUUUCCAAAUCACAGGGGUUUGGUGCAUUAAACCCGCCUAGAAUUGAAAGUAAUUAAAAAUUCCGACAUUUGUGAAAUAUUCUCUCUCAAAUUCUGCAUUUGGAUUUAUCGGUUCCUUGCACGUGUCUAUCUUACCCUUACCCUUGGAUGGACAAAAAGAAACAAAGUUUGCAAUUAUAGAAAAACUUUAAUGGUUGAAAUCUCCAAACAUUUCCUAAUUUAAGAAAACGUAUCAUACCUUAUUAUUGUAUUAAAUAAUAAUCGUCUCUGAUUUUAGCUAAAAGCCUAAAACCCAGGUUUAGAAUUUCUUUUAAAAACUGUAUCAGGUCAUAUUCAGACAAUACCGUAUACAUCGACAAACUAAAUUUUGUUUAAUCGUAUCAACCUAUCAUCACUAAAAUGGUUAAUCGUAUCUACUUAUCCAAUUUCCUAUGAAAUGUUGUCAAUGAAUUUCACAAAUUUAACAUCUAUAGAUCGAAUAUGAUAUACUCAACGAGCCUAGUAAUUAAGCUACUUAGCUCUUUGAUCAAACUAAACCAAAUUGAAAAUGAUUAAACCAACAUAUGCACAUACGGAGUAUUACAUUACAUCGAUUUUUUUAGAGUUACAUUACAUCAAAUACAGACAAUAAAUUAAAUAAAUCCAAUAUCAAAUGUUUAUCAGAUCGAAUUAGAUAGUGACAGUCCAUAAAACAAGAAUAUACCUUAAUAGAUUGUACCAAACCAGAAAAAUUGAAGUCUACUGAAUAUAUUUUAAAGAGCAUUUUCACACUACUCAAAAUGAAACAUUUAAUCAAACAUAUAUGAACUUCUAACAUUCACAACCAUAACAACAAUAAUACUUAUAAGGAAAAUUAUUAAUUUGGUCUUUAUACUAUCACGAAACUUCAAUUAAAUCAACAUACUUAAAAAAAAUCACUCAUAUCUCCGAACUUUUAAACAACGUUUAAUUGAGCUCAUUAACGGAUUACUUGUCAUGUCAGCAAGUCACUUGAUAACAUGGCACACAAGUGGCAGCCCAAUCACCAGCACAACAACUUUGAUGACUUUGUGGGAGAUAUGAGUGUGUUAAAGACUCAUCACUAAUAGAUAGAUCGAAUUACCACAUGUGUGCCACAUCAACGAAUGACCUGUCUCGUUACUCGUUACAUUGACUCAAUUAAACAUUUUACCAAAGUUUGAUAUUUUGAUUCAGUUUUUUAAAAGUACCAUAACACAAUUAUUAGCAUUUUUGUGAUAGUACGAGUACUUAUAAUUAUAAUGAUGAUGAUGAUCGGUAUUAUUAUUAUCUCUUUAUUUGCCCACGGAUAUGAUUUGUAAAUUGUAAAUGUAACGAGUAACGAGGCAGCAAUUAAGCAAAAACAAAGUACUCCGUCUGAAUCAAAGCUGGCUAGCCGGCCUGGACUAGCUAGGUCAACAUUUCUGUCUGUCUAUACUUCCUCGUCAAACAGCAAUCUUGAAUUCAACCCUCUUCUUAAUUUUUCAUGCUUUUCGUCUCCCAUAUAGAAUGGAUGUCCAUCUUUUACCUUUAAAAGCCUAAGCUACCAUAGCCUAGCUCCUCCCUCAUCAAUAUUCUGAUCACUUUAAAUUUAAAAUAGAUUUUUUUUGUCAUGAAGCGCAAAAGAUUUGGUCAAAUUAUAUACGUAGUACAUCAAAGUACACCCUAAUAAGAUAACAAUCAAACUCAAUAACUAAAAAAUCAAAACUUUAAAAAAUAAAAUAAGAUAUGAAUUUUUUUAAUUGUACUGAAAUUUUACUGUCUAUUCUCUCUGAAUUGGACUCUUAAUGUUUAGUUUAUUUGUAUGUAAUUCAUACAUGGUUCAAUUGUAGUCUAAUCUAGUCCGAUCUGGUUUGAUUUAGUCUAAAGGUAUGUUUGACACAAUUAACUGAAAAGAUACUUUUAUGAGUGUUUUUAUUAAUUGUUAGCUUUUAAUAACUGAAAAGAUCUUAAAUAGAAAAUAUGGUAGCUGUUUGUAAAAGGUUGACUAUUUGAUUUAGUUUUGUUUGAUAUACAAGCUAUUAGGCCUAUAAAAGGUUGACUAUUUGAUUUAGUUCUGUAAAAAGUUGACUAUAAAAGUCAUGAGCUUUUAAUUUUCUAAAAACUCUUAAAAAUUGUCAUGUCAAACAUAAACUAUAAGUUUUUAGAAACUUUUUAAAAAGUACUAAAGUUAGAAGGUAAAAACUUAUGUCUGCCAUGCAAUAAGGGAGUUAAAAUAUCCCUAUCUUUUUUUUUGUAAUUGCUUCAUAAGUCAUACGGUAACAAACUACUGGUUUUGAUUUUUCAAAACAAACACAUUAAAAAUUCGCAUAGCUAGGGAUCUACGGAAGAGCUAGUAGAACUUAUAAGCUAGAGUGCCUAGCUAGUUAGCAGGGUUACCCUAGAGGCUACUGAAUUACACCAAACUGGCCUGAACUGAUCUUGCACAGAAUUUAAAGUCCUUCAACAUCCAUCUUCUUUAAGUCAUCUUCUGAUAGAUUUACUCCAUCUCCCACAACAGCUUACCUACCUGCACCUACAGCUAAAAGGAUGGUAACUAUGAUAUCUGUGUCCAAUCUAUGUCCCACAAAAUUUAUGAAGGAGAUUCUUUAUGUUUUUCAAAUUCUUUCAGCCUAAAUAAUUUAGGUAGUCCCUUCAGGCCCCCACCUGAAAGAAAGAAGUGUAGUUCAGAACAAGAUGUAUAAAAACAUUGCUUCUCCAAACAUGCCUUGAAAAGAUAUACUCCGUAUAUGUACUACUCCGUAAAUAGCAAGAAACCCUAACAAAAAAUUUAAAAAAAUGAUUUUUGAGAAUUGGGUUGUCGAGAACGAUCAAAAUAAAUUAAGAGCUACGUAGUAAUAAAUUAACAAUAAGCUUGAAAAAACGGAUCAAGAAUCAGAAUGCUUGAAAAACGGUGAACGGAAAAUCAAGAAUCUGCCGGCUGCCGGCUGCCGGCUGCCGGCCGCCGGCCGACACUCGUGUGUCGCUUGAAUAGAAAGAUAGAUAUAUAGAUUGAGAGGAAUGAAGCCUGGUCCGAUGCCAUCACUCCAUCAUCAUCAUCAUCGUCAUUCAUCAUCACCAAUCCAUAUAGAUAUACAUAAUGUGUAUAGAUAUAUCUAUACCAUUAUAGCAAAACUUUGCAAAAAGAAAAGAGAUGUGAUGAAUAGUGAAGUGAUGUAAAUGAUGAGUAACCGCGCAUCGAGCCAGCCAACAUUCCCCUCAACUUUUAUAUCUCCGCCGCCGUCAACUGAACUGGUCAAUAUUUCAUGGAUCUGCAGGUUUUACUGAUAUACAGAAACAAACCCUAAAAAUGGCCCUUGCCGGCCUCCCGGAGAAGGAGGGCUGCGAAGAGGCAGCUUUAGAAUUGAAGCCUUUUCUGUGAUUUAGGUUUAUUGGAUAUGUAUGUAUAUACAAGAGAGAAAGUGAACUAUCUUGUAAUCUAUAGCUGCGU